CGCAUUUUUUGGCCUCUUGUGUGAAUCAUCGCCAUCUGCGUCUGAGUCGGAAUCUAUAUAAAUAAAUCCGUUUACGCUAGGUGUGAAAGGAACAACAGUGGGAGCUGAACUUCCAGAUGCAGUCACCGGAGAUUCCAUCUAUGAUUUGAAUUUAACAAAAAUUACAAUACAUAGGUACAUCAUAAACACUUUAAAAUGACACAAGUGCAAAUUGUUUAAAUAAAUUCUAUAUACCUUCACCGACUCAUUUAAAUCUUCCUUGACCGCAUAUUUUUGCCUCUUGUGUGAACCAUCGCCAUCGCGAUCUGAGUCUAGGUUUGAAUCAAUAUAAUAAACUCUUUUUACGGUAGGCGUGACCAGAACAUCAGUGGGAGGUGAACUUCCAGAUGCUUGAUCAAGAAUGCGUUUCGACAUCCUCUUUAGCACUUGAAAUUCAGUAUCAGUUUUCAUUAUCAUUGCAGUCAAAGAUUUAAUCUUAUCGUACAACUCAGUGAACGUCGUCUCCAUGGCUCGAAAGGUAGUCGAUAUGGAUCCAACAACUUUCUUAGUAUCAUGGCUCGACAUGCUAAACAACAACAAAAAAAAAGAACAUACAUGAAACAAACAAAAGUCAAAGCAGCUUAAGGAGCGAAUAAAGAACAUACAUGAAAGGAAAAGGGUUGUAAGAAAGGAACAGCACAAACGACCAAAAGAAAGAGCUAUUUUAGUUGUUGCACUGUACCGAGAUUUCUCCAUUGCAAUUAGUUUCUCCCCGCCAACACAGAAGAAAAGCCUUACUUUUGCUAAAGUCACCAGGGAAAACGGCAGAAGUUAUUUUUACAAGGUAAACUCUAGGCUUGGCGUCCCUUUAUAUAGACCGCCAAACAAACCUAAUUUAUUAAUACCAUUACGUCCAAAAAAAGAAUUCCUCUAUUGACACCUAAACUGAUCCAACUAAGGAAAGCAAGCCUAUUAACAAGGAGUACAGAUUAAAUCCCCACCAAUGACAAGGCUAUUUACAAGCAUAUUCCUCUAUUGCGUUUGGCUCCACCACCGAACGAGGGAGGCCAUCUCCACUGGCUAUAAAGAACACCUGAAGAAUGAGAAUCAAUUUAUCAGUAGCCAACCUAGUACUGUUUCUUUUUUGACCAAAAAAAAAUUCGGCCAUCACUAUUUAUGAACCGAAGACAAACGUAAUUACACAUAUCACAUAUGCAUUGGAGAGAGAGAGAGAGAGACAGAGGAAAUGAUAGACCUUCAAGAUAUCGAAGUCUUCUUCCAUCAUAACAACAUCUAAAUCAGAGAAUGCACGAGAGGGGCCUCAGUUAAGCAACACCCAAACAUAUCCCUACUGUAGCAAGAUAAUGUGUACAAAUUAUAUACAAGCUUUAAUGGAAGGUUUGCGAAUUCAAAGUACAAAAGAGAAUUUGAAGACCUACCAACGAUGCUCGGCAAACGCUUAACAACACCAAGUCUCUGAAUUUAUCAUCAAUCAAUCGGCAUAUCUAAUCAAGAACCUGAAAAUUAUAUGCAAGUUCAGCUAAGAGAAGCAAGCAAGACAAACAAAGAGGAGGCUCCAUGAUAUGAUAGACCGUUAGUUACACAUGUUUUCACCCCUGUUCUUACACCGUUUGAGAUGUGGUUUCUCGUGUUUUAGACCGAUUUCACGCUAGGUUGUGCUUGUUUGGGAUAUUUCAGGUCCUGGUAAGUGAAUGAAGGUUUAGGAGCGAGUUCGGGGUCGAUUGGGCGAAGAUUGGGCGCGAGGCAAGUCACAAAGGAAGUCGCACGGGCACACCCACAACCCACACAGCCGUGCAAGUGACCAGUUUGGCCGUGUGGGAUUGUGCGAGAGCAAACACGAGCAGAGCAAAAAAUCCACACGGCCGUGCAAGGUGAGCUGCACGGCCGUGCGACCCUGGCCGUGCAAGAAGCCUGGAAUUCAACUAAUUGAUGCGCUGUGUUUUGACUCGCACGGGCAACUGGGUGAGCCACACGGCCGUGCGGCCUGCCCGUGCGAGUCGGGAUUUUCUGCUUUUAAGCAGAUUUUCAGCCAAAGAGAAGGGGAUUCGAGUUUUAGAGAGACAGAACGAUUCCUAGAGAGAGAAAGCGACGAACAAGAGUCUCCAAGUGCCUUAGCUUGAUCUUCAUCACCAUUGGAGGCCAGUUUGAGCUUGGAGAAGUGCCGAUCAACGUCCAGGAGCAGGAAUCCAUCCUUCACAGUAUGAAUUUCGCGUCUGAUUCUGCUUUUGAUUCUUUCUCUAUGGAGUAGUUCUCCCAUUCAUCUGGGUAUGGAGAACCCUAGAUGUGUAUGUUAGGCUUUGAUUGUAUGAACCCAAGUACUGAUUCUAUGAUUUGAUUAUAUUCAAUUGAGGUUUGAUUGAUUGAAUGGCAUGAAUCCUGAUCAAAUUCCUGUUGUUUCUGCUUUAACCUAGAAUGAGAAUAUCUGCCUAGGUUGAUAGAGCAUCCUUGAUUGAAGGUAGGGAGUUGGUGACUUUAGUCGAGAAGCCAACUCACUAUUCUGUACCGGAUUUACUUCGGUAGUGGAGGUUUUGUUCAUAGGGCCUCAAUCUGUUUACUCCGGUGGAGGUUAGUCGCCCGCUAGAGACUCAGAUUGAGAGGGUCUGAAGACCUUUAGUCAAGACUUCAGGCUGUUUAAGAACCUUCCGCAAUAUAACUAUCAUAGAAAAUGAACUUGGUAAUUACAAUCCGGCUUAACUGCAGUCUAGGGGGAACCAUAUCCGGGUGACCUCUCUUAACCUGAAUACAACAGUUUAGUUGCUUUGUUAGUUUGUUAGUUUAAACCUGCAUUAAAGUUUCAUUGCUAGAUAACAAGAAUUCACCGAGUAGUCAUCAAAUCUAGGACCCGGGUUGAUAAUUAAACCCAAACUCGCUAUACUACGCUUUAGGAAGUGGUUACACUUGGCCAAUUCCUGGAGUGACAGUAGAAGUGAGUCAAGUUUUUGGCGUCGUUGCCGGGGACGGCUAGGUUGUUGAAGAAAAGUGAUUUCUGUUAAUUUAGCUUUUCUUUUUGCUUUGUUUGCUUUGUCCCACUUGUGCCUUCACGGGUUUGCUUGCUUGAGUGUGUGCAGGUAGUGCAUGAACCGUAGCCAGUCAGGAGGUUUAUUGCCGUUGAAUCCAGAGAUUGACCGCACCUGUCGCCAGCUCAGGAGACAACAGUGAGCUAGACUGGCUACGGAAGAGCGCAUAGACGGCCACCUGAGUAGCGAUUCUAAAGAAGAGUACGGGAUGGACGGAGACUACAAUCAGCACCAGGGGAAUCCUCAGCAGGUUCCCCCGGUGAGUCAGGUCCUGGGGAACAACCCCAUAGCCCAGGAUCAUGGGGUUCAUCAUCAUCACCCGCCGCCGGGUCCCACCUUGGAGUACUACUACACUCCACGGAUUGCUGACAUCCGUCCGGUCAUCCUCUACCCGCCUAUUCCAGCAAACAACUUCGAGAUCAAGCCAUGCUGGAUUCAGCUCAUUACUUCCUCUAUCCAGUUCCAUGGCUUGAAGGAUGAGGAGGCCAGGGUGCAUCUUUCCCGUUUUCUGCAGCUGACGAACGGGUUCAAGCUGAAUGGUGUCCCUGAUGAUGCAAUCCGCCUUCAUCUCUUCCCCCAUUCUCUGGCGGGGAAUGCUAAGAGGUGGUUGGAGACCCACCCCCCAUUGUCCAUCACCUCUUGGGACGAUCUGGCUGACAAAUUCGUGCACAGGUACUAUCCGGCAUCGAAGACUACAGAGAUCCAGCGGGAGAUCACUCACUUCCGCCAAGAGCCAGAUGAGUCACUUCGUGAUGCAUGGGAGCGGUACAUGGGAUAUUUCUGGCAGUGUCCCCAUCAUGGCUUUAGUGAUGCAUUCACAGUGGGGAACUUCUACAGUGCUCUCUCUCCAGACACCCAGAGGGUGAUUGAGUCUCUAUGCCCAGGAGGGGAUAUUCUUACUAAGACUCCACCCGAGCUGAACCAGAUGAUCAAUACCUUGGCUGCCAGAGAUCAUUCUUGGGGACAGGGCAGCAGAGGCAGACAUUCCCGGGACCGUGGUGUGCACGCCAUGGAGACCAGAUCCGGGCUCGAGCAGCAGGUAGCUGAGCUAGUGCAGACAUUGAAGCAGCCCAACAGUCUUAUUUCGGGCAGAGGUUUGGCUACACCUCCAGUAGCUCAAUGUCAGUGGUGCGAGAGCUCCAAUCACCUAGUGGAGGACUGCCAGGCUAUGAGGGAGUCUACCACUCCCCAAGAGCAGUUGGCCUUUAUCGCCAAUGCGCGGCGCCUCGAUCCAUACAGUAACACAUAUAAUGAGGGGUGGCGCCAGCAUCCCAACUUCGCCUGGAGCAGCAACACCACUAAACCACCUGGUUUCCCAGCACCAGCAGGUGGUUUUCAGCAGAGGCAUCCCUUCCAGGCUCGACAGGGGCCAGCCCCACAGCAGCAGCCCUACCAGCCUAGGCAGGGGCAACCAUUCCAAUAGCCCCAGCGUCAGUUUGUCGAGCCAGCAGCAGCCCCUGCCCCAGAUGACCGGAUGACAAAGCUGGAAAAUAUUCUAGCUUCAUUCAUGACUAGCACUCAGGCUGCUAUCACGUCAGUGGAGGCAGGUCAGCGGAACUAGGGUGCCAUUUUGCAAGAUCUGCAGACCCAGGUGGGCAUCUUGGCCCGCCAAAACACUACCAGGGCACCGGGGACUCUGCCUGCCACCACUAUCCCGAAUCCUCGGGAUCCUCACCAGCUCCAGCAGCUGGAUGCCAUUUUUACCAGGAGCGGUAAGACCAUAUCUGCUGAUCCUGUCCCGGCCAGACAGGAGGAACCACUACCUGUUCUUACACCGUUUGAGAUGAUAGACCGUUAGUUAGUUACACAUGUUUUCACCCCUGUUCUUACACCGUUUGAGAUGUGGUUUCUCGUGUUUUAGACCGAUUUCACGCUAGGUUGUGCUUGUUUGGGAUAUUUCAGGUCUUGGUAAGUGAAUGAAGGUUUAGGAGCGAGUUCGGGGUCGAUUGGGCGAAGAUCGGGCGCGAGGCAAGUCACAAAGGAAGUCGCACGGGCACACCCACAACCCACACGGCCGUGCAAGUGACCAGUUUGGCCGUGUGGGAUUGUGCGAGAGCAAACACGGGCAGAGCAGAAAAUCCACACGGCCGUGCAAGGUGAGCUGCACGGCCGUGCGACCCUGGCCGUGCAAGAAGCCUGGAAUUCAACUAAUUGAUGCGCUGCGUUUUGACUCGCACGGGCAACUGGGUGAGCCACACGGUCGUGCGGCCUGCCCGUGCGAGUCGGGAUUUUCUGCUUUUAAGCAGAUUUUCAGCCAAAGAGAAGGGGAUUCGAGUUUUAGAGAGACAGAACGAUUCCUAGAGAGAGAAAGCGACGAACAAGAGUCUCCAAGUGCCCUAGCUUGAUCUUCAUCACCAUUGGAGGCCAGUUUGAGCUUGGGGAAGUGCCGAUCAACGUCCAGGAGCAGGAAUCCAUCCUUCACAGUAUGAAUUCCGCGUCUGAUUUUGCUUUUGCUUCUUUCUCUAUGGAGUAGUUCUCCCAUUCAUCUGGGUAUGGAGAACCCUAGAUUUGUAUGUUAGGCUUUGAUUGUAUGAACCCAAGUACUGAUUCUAUGAUUUGAUUAUAUUCAAUUGAGGUUUGAUUGAUUGAAUGGCAUGAAUCCUGAUCAAAUUCCUGUUGUUUCUGCUUUAACCUAGAAUGAGAAUAUCUGCCUAGGUUUAUAGAGCAUCCUUGAUUGAAGGUAGGGAGUUGGUGACUUUAGUCGAGAAGCCAACUCACUAUUCUGUACCGGAUUUACUUCGGUAGUGGAGGUUUUGUUCAUAGGGCCUCAAUCUGUUUACUCCGGUGGAGGUUAGUCGCCCGCUAGAGACUCAGAUUGAGAGGGUCUGAAGACCUUUAGUCAAGACUUCAGGCUGUUUAAGAACCUUCCACAGUAUAACUAUCAUAGAAAAUGAACUUGGUAAUUACAAUCCGGCUUAACUGCAGUCUAGGGGGAACCAUAUCUGGGUGACCUCUCUUAACCUGAAUACAACAGUUUAGUUGCU